AUGGAAGGUCUUCGCCUAAGCUCAGGUAUCGGAUCGCGUAUGGCCCGUAUUUCGCCCGACAAGAACAUCUUCUAUGGCGACCUCUACAUCCCUGCUGGGACGCCGGUUUCUAUGACGGCUGCUCUGAUGAAUACUGAUGAGGCUUUAUAUCCAGAUCCUCUAUCCUUCAAUCCGGACAGUCUUACAUGGGCUGAAAUGUAUCUUAUUCUUGCUGCCUUGACUCGACGCUUUGACUUCAACUUCCAGGACGUCACAGCCAAGGAGUAUGAACGCGAGAGCGAUCAAUACACCAUUGGCGUCAAAGCCGGGACAAUUCUAAAAGCUCGGUUUGAAUCAAGCUGGAUUCGGUAA